AUGGCUUCAGUUAAGUUCUGUCAGUUUGAACUGGAAAUAGAUGAUAACACUGUUGUUGAUUGGAAUAAUUAUUUACGAGAAGUUUGUGCUUAUGUUAUUAUGGAUUGUUGUGUUUCCAAAAUUGGUGGAGAAGGUUUAACUGUGGAAAUCGGUGAAUGUGUAUUUUCACCGAGGAAAAAUUAUGCAGGUCGUGUGGUUCCUCAACAAUGGAUUUUUGGAGGUAUAUGCCGUGAAACCAAAGAGGUGUUCAUGGUAAUGAUUCCUGAUAAAAGUGCAGAAGCUUUAUGUGGGGUCAUUAGGGAGAAAGUUAAUGAAGGAAGUGUAAUUAUAUCUGAUUGUUGGAGAGGAUAUAUGAACUCACAUGAUGAUGAUUCGUUUCAACAAUUUACUGCUAAAAACAAAUAUUAUUUUGUUGAAACAAGCAGUGGUGCACGGAAUCCCAAAGUAAGAAAAGUGGAAUAUGGAACGCAUGUGCAAAUGCCAGAGAGUUAUUAUCUAAUUGAGUUUUUAUGGCGUGAACACAUUAAGAAAACAAAAAGGGAUUCAUUUCAAGCUAUUUUAGAAGCAAUUGCACAAUUUAUGCCUCCUCGGUAA